CUCACUUUCUACGUGACCAAUGAAAGCAAUAGCAAUUCGCUGAGAUUCUACUGCAAAGAUGUGUGGAGACGUAUCGAAGACGAAAGCUUUCAGCGUUAUCAAAACAGUCUUAUGCUGCAACCUUAUCCAGAGCGCCUAAAGCCAAACGAGGUGAAGAACGUUUUACGUUUCAUGCCGAAAGGCGAUGCGACACGACCGAUAACACGUUCCAUACGCACUAGUGCUAAAGAUCGCGUCUUUGCACGGGUUGCAACACAGCUAAAGGAAACGAAUGGUUUAUUAGAUUAUAUCUGUCGUUCGGCACUCGCAAGUAAAAGCAGAGUUCCAUUAACAGGCGCAGGAAUUCGUGGAGGCAACUUCUGUAAACCGUUCAAAAAAUUCGCUACUCGUUAUUGGAAAGGUGAAAGACCGAAAAUAUAUGUCGUAAAAAGUGAUAUUCGGGAGUGUUUCGACUCGAUAAACCACAACAAACUUAGAGAGGUUCUCAGAUCUAUGAUUAACGAAAACAGAUAUGAAACAACAAAUUGGAAAUCUCGUCGGAUAAGAAGACCGAAAAGUCAAAGGAAAAUAGAAAAGCAACGAAGAAAACUGGCCAACGCGAGGAAGGCUUUAAUACGUCGUCUGUUAUCGCCAACACAAAGAAAUGAUGCUAUAGAAGAGUUGUACCAUCGUCGGAUGAUACAAUUCUUGGAAAUAAUGAAAAGUCCGGAUAUCAGUGAUCAGGUGGUAUUAUCUGGAGCUGAAGCGAUGAGAAUAAUUAACAAUGCGGCCAUUGAUCAAAAGUUUUUCUUCAGAAAUCGAUGCUAUACGAGAGGAAGAGGUAUACCUCAAGGAAAUCCACUCUCCACGCGACUUUCCAAUUUAUAUUUGGGCGCUAUGGAAAGGGAACGUUAUCCGGAUAUUUUGAGAAGACGUGAUUGUUUAUUCCUUCGUUACGCUGACGAUUACUUACUUCUUACUGCUGAUAUUGAUGUGGCCAAUCGAUUUUUGAAAGGUAUCUUAUGCGUUCAGCAAGACAGUGAUAGAGAUGUGUAUGGCAUCAAAGGGGCUCUCAAUAAGACCACAAUCAAUUUCGAUGCAGAUUUAUCUGAUGAUCUGAAAUCGCAAAUUUCGGUGAUCGAUGAGCAUGGAUGUAUUUCAAUUGAUUUGUCGAAAAUAGAAAAGUACCGAGCAUUUAAACGCUUUUGGAAUGGAUCGGUGGUAGGAUCGCAUAAAAAGAGGCUUGAUAUACUGAACUACAUUCGUGGACCUGUGCUACGCAAGUAA